GUAUGUGUAGCAGCUACAGCGAACAUUCGGUCCUCUGUCGGUGGAAGACCGCGUCCGAGUGACACCAUCGUCUCUGCUCUCUCACUCAACAUAAGUGCCAUGGAGGAAUCGAGUAGUUGACGUUUCCUGUUGCAACCUUCUCUUUUUAAGCUUUCUUCCCGUCUGAUCAUCGUGAUCCUGACACCGGUUAACUGACGUUUUGACUUCUCAGCGACUUUUCCCACCACGAGCUUUGACCAACCGACAUCAUGAAGUACAUCAUCGGCAUCGGCGGCGUAACCAACGGAGGGAAAACCACCCUCACCAACCGACUGAUCAAGAACCUGCCCAACUGUUGUGUGGUUCACCAGGAUGACUUCUUCAAGCCCCAAGAUCAGAUUGAAGUUGGUGAAGAUGGCUUUAAGCAGUACGAUGUCAUCACUGCCCUGGACAUGGACGCCAUGAUGAGUACGAUCUAUGCAUGGUUGGACAACCCAGUGAAGUUUGAGAAGUCUCAUGGCGUCAAUAACACCCUGGAUACUGAGAUCGUCCCAAAGUCUGAACACAAGGAGGAGGAGGAGACUCACAUCCUUAUUGUGGAGGGCUUUCUGCUUUACACCUACGGACCUUUGAUCGACGUGCUCAACCAACGCUACUUUAUUUCCAUCCCAUACCAAGAAUGCAAAAAGAGGAGGUGCUCUAGGAACUACACGGUGCCAGACCCCCCCGGCCUCUUUGACGGCCACGUCUGGCCCAUGUAUUUGAAACACAAGAACAUCAUGGAGGCUUCAGAUGUUGACGUCUUGCAGCUAGAUGGAACCAAGUCAAAGGAACAGCUGUUCAACUUUGUCUACGGUGACAUCCUGAAUAAAAUCCAGAAGUCUCUCUAACAAACAAAGGUCAUACGAUCGGCUAAAAGGAGCAUGUACUCAGCCUGCAAGCAGAACACCGCCUUGCCUUAAGUUUCUACCUGGCAGCUCAUUCAGCUGACUGCUAUGAUUUUUUUGUAAAUGUUUAACUGAUGGCAUCAAAAUGCUGGCAUGUUUUUAUAUCUACCAUAUUUAUUGCUUUGUUACAGCCCACACUCCAGAGAGAGUUGAUGGAUAUGUUCAGAGGAUAGUUGCACUUAUGUCAAUAAAUGAUCCUCCUGUCAA